AUGGAGCAGAGACUUGCGGAGUUCAGAGCCCGAAGACGAGCCGCUCAAACGGCCCAGACAGGAGCACAGGUCCCGGAGCAGGUGCCAGAGGACACCGGGGAUAGUCCCACGGAGGCCCCGACACUUGCACCACCAUGCCCCCCAGCGGAGAGCCACACUGAGCAGGGCAGAGGAGACUGGCUGCUGGAGACUGCAAGGGGGCGGUGGCUGUGCUCGCGGCUCGCCUUCUCCAACAUCACACUGCUCAAAGUCCUGCUCUGGUUGGUCCUAAUGGGGCUGUUUGUAGAGCUGGAGUUUGGCUUGGUCUUCUUCGUGCUCUCCAUGUUUUACUGGAUGUAUGAAGGACUGCGGAGCCCAGAGGCGCGGCAACCUGGAGAACUCAGCGCCUAUUCUGUCUUUAACCCUGACUGUCAGCCGCUGUUGGGGUCUCUGACUGCCGAGCAGCUGGAGGGGGAGAUGGGCUACAGACCCCUGCAGGCCAAUAGAUGA